AUGGCUCCGGGUAGCGUUUUCCAAAUUUUGCGUAUAGCUAAAGGAGCACGACCGCCCGUUCUCACAGCAUUUCAACGCACAUUGGGUAAUCAUCAGAAGACUAGGUCGGCUCUUCCUCGUGCUCUGUGCACGGUGCGAAACUAUAGCAGCACAGCCAGCAAAGAGGAACCUGCUCCAUCUGCUGGCGACGCCGAAAAUGCUUCAUUGCUGUCGAAGCUAUUUCCCCAAACAGCACCUGAGAUGAACAAAACCGAAGAGCAGGAGCGUAAGAAGCGCGAAGAGGAGGAGACCAAGGAGAAUGAGCGCGCCUGGAAACGCAUGAAGCUAGGCUUUGCCGUAUUUGGUGGUGGCGGCAUCGUCGGCGGUUUGUGGGCCCUCUAUGAGUUUGGGAAGCCCGAUGUGGAUCCCAAUGGCCUGACAAUAGAGGAUGAGUUCACACACAAGCCCAUGAUACAGCAGUAUUUCCAACGCAUGUGGAAAUCACUGCACUACUACCAGAAGAUGAUACAAGAGCCGUCGCGUGACAAGCUCUUGCCCGAUCCUCUCCAGCACCCAUAUGUACAGCCAAAGUAUACGCUUGUCCUCGAGAUGAAAGACGUUUUGGUGCAUCCCGAUUGGACAUAUCAGACUGGCUGGCGCUUCAAGAAGCGGCCCGGCGUUGAUCACUUCCUGUCCGAGCUGGCCAAAGAAUUUGAAAUCGUUGUCUUCACAGCCGAACAGGGCAUGACGGUGUUCCCCAUUCUAGACGCCCUCGAUCCGCAUGGCUAUAUCAUGUAUCGUCUAGUGCGCGAUGCCACGCACUUUGUCGAUGGCCAUCAUGUCAAGAAUUUAAACAAUUUGAAUCGUGACCUGCGAAAGGUGAUUGUGGUCGAUUGGGACGACAAUGCCACAAAAAUGCAUCCAGAUAACACAUUCGGCAUCGCUCGCUGGAAUGGGAACGACGAUGAUACGCAGCUCCUCGAUCUGGUGGCCUUUCUAAAGAUUAUUGCCCAAAACGACGUGGAAGAUGUGAGGGAAACCCUGCACUAUUAUCGACAGUUUGAGGAUCCUAUCAAUCAAUUCAGAGAGAAUCAGCGCAAGCUGGCCGAACAAAUGCAGGAGGAGGAACGCAUUGAGAGGGCUAAGGCGAAGCCCAUGGUCAAGCAAUGGACACGCAACCUUCUGGGACGCUAGAACCGCCCCCACCCCCAAAUCAUCCCAGACACCCAGAAAGACAAAUUAAACAUACACAAAACUAAAUCCAAAUGAACCCCAAAAAGCACACAAACCGACCGAAUAGAAUGUCUAGAGAUUUUGGGCUGGGGACAGGGAAAUUGCAAGUAAAAUUGGUCUUAUUUUUGUAAUUGAAUAAAUCAAGCGAAAGUUGUUUUUUUUCAAUGAA